AUUUUUUAAUUUUUGUCUACUCUCUUUCACUUAUUUCUUCUUCGCUUACACUCCAAGCUCCAAAAUUAAGGUUCCUAAUUCAGUAAGUAAUAUUAAAACCAAAACUCAGAACCAACUCACUCACCAUAGUGAUGAUGAUCAAUACGGUGGUGCUAUUCACCGUUUUGGUGGCUGUGAUUCAUGUAGUGAAUUCAGAGUACAUAGAAUACAACAUCACACAGAGGAUUAUCCCAGACAAAAUAAACGUGCACUUGGUUCCUCACUCACAUGAUGAUGUUGGUUGGCUUAAGACCGUUGAUCAGUACUACGUUGGAUCCAACAACUCCAUUAGAGGUGCAUGUGUGCAGAACGUGCUUGAUUCUGUUAUAUCAUCACUCUUGGAGGAUCCAAAUCGCAAGUUUAUCUAUGUUGAAAUGGCAUUUUUCCAGAGAUGGUGGAGGCAGCAAAGUAAAGCUAAGAAACUUAAAGUCAAAGAUCUUGUCAACUCGGGUCAGCUCGAAUUCAUAAAUGGUGGUAUGUGCAUGCAUGACGAGGCCACCCCGCAUUACAUUGACCUGAUUGAUCAGACCACUCUUGGGCAUCAAUUUAUCAAAGAUGAGUUUGGUAAGAAUCCAAGAGUUGGCUGGCAGAUUGAUCCGUUUGGCCAUUCUGCAGUUCAGGCUUACUUGCUUGGAGCUGAGCUAGGAUUCGAUUCACUCUUUUUUGCUAGAAUUGAUUACCAAGAUAGAGCCAAACGAUUAAAGGAGAAAACUCUAGAGGUUGUUUGGCAAGGUUCCAGGUCCCUUGGUUCUUCUUCACAAAUAUUUACUGGGAUAUUUCCCAGGCAUUAUGAUCCUCCUGAUGGAUUCACGUUUGAGAUAAAUGAUGUUUCCCAACCUAUUCAGGAUGACGUUCUACUGUUUGACUAUAAUGUUGAAGAAAGAGUCAAUGACUUUGUAUCUGCUGCCUUGGCUCAGGCUAAUGUGACCAGGACGAAUCACAUAAUGUGGGCAAUGGGGACAGACUUCCGCUAUCAAUAUGCUAAUUCAUGGUUUAGGCAGAUGGAUAAGUUUAUUCACUAUGUCAAUCAGGAUGGUCGAGUCAAUGCAUUGUAUUCAACACCAUCUAUCUACACUGAUGCAAAAUAUGCAGCUAAUGAGCAGUGGCCUCUUAAAAUUGAUGAUUUCUUCCCGUAUGCUGAUCAUCCAAAUGCAUAUUGGACUGGUUAUUUUACAAGUAGGCCAGCUUUAAAGGGUUACGUGAGAACAAUGAGUGGUUAUUAUCAGGCAGCAAGGCAGUUGGAAUUUUUUAAAGGGAGGAAUGAAUCAGGACCAAAUACCGACGCAUUAGCUGAUGCUUUAGCGCUUGCUCAGCACCAUGAUGCUGUUAGUGGGACAGAAAGACAGCAUGUUGCUGCUGAUUAUGCAAAGCGGAUUUCAAUAGGCUAUGACGAGGCAGAAAGCUUGGUUGCAUCUGUACUUGCUUUAUUGGUAAACCAAAAAUCAAGUUCGCAUGUGAUAAACCCAGUAACAGGCUUCCAGCAGUGCCCUCUCCUUAAUAUAAGCUACUGUCCUCCGUCAGAAGCUACCUUGGCUAAUGGAAAAAGCAUGGUGAUUGUUGUUUACAAUCCUCUUGCUUGGAAGAGGGAGGAAGUGAUUCGAAUUCCUGUUUCCACUGCAGAGGUUUUUGUCCAGGACUCUUCUGGGAAGGAAAUUGAGUCUCAGCUUCUGCCUAUAUCUAAUAUCACUUUGAGCAUAAGAAAAAAAUAUGUCAAAGCAUAUGUAGGAACAGCCCCUGCUGGGGACCUCAAGUAUUGGCUUGCAUUUCCAGUAUCGGUACCUCCCAUUGGUUUCGGCACCUAUGUAGUAUCAAGUCCUAAACAUACGGGUCAUAUUUCAACUAUCUCAACGGAGUUCAGAUCAGAAGAAAGUACUAAUAAUAGCAUAGAAGUUGGACAAGGGAAUUUAAAGCUGCUUUAUUCUGCAGAUGAAGGAAAAUUGACUCAGUAUGUUAACAAUAGAAAUCUAGUUACAACAUCAGUUGAACAAUCAUACAGCUUUUAUUCUGGAUACGUUGGGGAUGAUAAAGAUUCUCAGGCUUCUGGGGCAUACGUCUUCCGUCCAAAUGGCUCGUUUCCCAUUAAAUCUGAUCAGCAGGCAUCUUUUACUGUCCUGCGUGGUCCGAUAUUGGAUGAAGUACAUCAACAGAUCAAUCCAUGGGCAUCUCAGAUUGUGAGGAUAUAUAAGGAAAAGGAGCAUGCUGAAGUUGAGUUCACAAUUGGGCCUAUACCUGUGGAUGAUGGCCUUGGCAAAGAAGUUAUUACUCAAUUUUCAACUACAAUGACGACCAACAAGACAUUCUACACAGAUUCUAAUGGACGUGACUUCAUUAAAAGGAUUCGAGAUUUCAGGACUGAUUGGGAUCUAGAAGUGAACCAACCCGUAGCUGGAAACUAUUACCCAGUUAAUUUAGGAGUAUAUUUGCAAGAUAGCGAUAUAGAACUCUCGGUCUUGGUGGACCGCUCAGUUGGGGGUUCCAGUUUGGUAGAUGGUCAAAUAGAGUUGAUGCUCCACAGGAGGAUGCUUCAUGAUGAUGUAAGAGGUGUUGGAGAGAUACUUAAUGAAACUGUUUGCAUUGCUGAUAAAUGUGAAGGCUUAACUAUACAAGGAAAACUGUUCCUUAGAAUUGACCGUAAAGGUGAGGGUGCUAAAUGGCGUCGUACACUUGGCCAGGAAUUAUAUUCACCGUUGCUGUUGGCUUUCACGGAGCAGGAUGAGGAUAAUUGGUUGCAUUCAAAAAAACCAACAUUUUCUGGCAUAGACUCUUCCUACAGUUUACCAAACAACACUGCUCUUCUAACUCUGCAGGAAUUUGGAAAUGGAAAAGUACUCUUAAGACUGGCUCACCUUUAUGAGGUUGGAGAGGACAAAGAUUAUUCGGUAACUGCAAAUGUAGAAUUGAAAAAACUUUUCCCUAACAAGAAGAUAAGUAAAGUGACAGAGAUGAGUUUGUCUGCCAAUCAAGAAAGAGCUGAAAUGGAAAAGAAGAGAUUAGUUUGGAAGGUAGAAGGCUCCAGUGAAGAGUCUAAGGUGGUGAGGGGAGGACCAGUUGAUCCUGCAAAGCUGGUUGUUGAACUUGUUCCAAUGGAAAUUCGGACAUUCUUUGUUGACUUUAAUCCCCUUCAAACAGUUCCUGCAGCAGAAAAGCAUGUAGCAAUCUAGCAAAUCAACCAACAGAGAAGCAUGUACGUUUUGUUGUUGUGAUGCUGAAAAUGACAUGUAUUUUCCAAAUUUGCUUGUAAAUAAAUAAGAAGCUUUUUAACUUGAGUGAUGGUGAAUAUAACUACAAGAGUUCUGCACAGAAAAACUUUCUAGAGGUUUUAAUCUUGUAAGUUAGGGUGUCCGUGAGUACAGGUCACCCUGUCAAUCCAAUGAUCUCAUCGAAUCGUUGAGUUUUUAUUAGUCCGUAACGAGUUUGACCAAAUCCAAACCAACACGAGUUUUCCGGUCCAAGUAGACCAUGCACCCAUGCAAUGAUGCAUGGCAGAGCUGUAUAGGAGAACAAUAAUGCUUGUCAUUUGUUAUGUCAUUGAAGUAUAUCAAGAUCAAUGUCUUUUAUUAAAAGUA